ACGUCUACGCCACGGCAAAAACACGUUUGGGCGCGCGCCUGACGUCAUUUUAAAACCGUCACUAACUGUGAGUUGCGCGUACGCCAGUGUUUCAGUUUUGCCACCGGUCACGCAUGCGCAGUGACACAGAGAGGGAGAAAGGGAGCCGGAAACGGAUAUUAUGAGUUUCAUGGAUUGAGUCCCGUUACUGGGGGUCCUGAACAAUCACCAUGACGACGAUCUGUGUGGCCCUACGGACGUGUGUGCGGCAUAAUCCACCUGUGGUCUGUUUCUUCGUGUGCUUAGCUUCCCUUGCCAUUACUCUUUUGUCCUUAUCACUACUUAUAAUGCAGCGGAGCGAUACCAAGGCAGGGAGUCCCUAUGAUGACUAUGGGGAUACGACUGCUCCGGUGCCUGACACUCAUUCCAUGGAUAUGUUGCUGGACUGGGAAGCCCUGCUCUAUGGCAUUAGCUCUCGGAUUGUUUGCCCCAUGGCUACAGUUACAGGAGUCACAACUUCUCCAGCUGAGCAUUCUGGGAAUAUCAGUACUGUGACCACACUGGUCAGGCUGAACGUGACUCCGUUUGACCCGUCGAUCCUGGACUCUGCUAUUCUGAUUUCUGUGACAGGUGCCAAGUUGGGGCUGACAGGUAAAGGGGCAAAUACUAAUAUGAGCAUCGCAAUAUUGCCCAUCAGCGGCAGAGAGACGUGCAAUGACACAACAAGUUGUUUAAGCAAAUAUUGUGUCUCUAUCUCUGGCCCUAAAUCUAUGCUGCCCCAGACCAAGUCUGUACACUGCCCUAUGACUGACACCAAACCCCAGCUGCUGGCAGAGAUGAAGGUGAUGGACCAGGAUGCAUUGCUCCCUUCCACCUGUUAUAGGAUGGUGUAUAAUUCCAGUUCUGCAAUGAAUAUGACUGUGUUUCAGGUGGACAGGUCCUUAUGUAAAAGACACGUGAUGUACAGCCUGUUCUUUGUGGUGGGCUCAUUCAUCACCCUUCUCAUAGUAGUCUUGAUAUGGGCACCGACUGGACACAACAUGAAGCCCAAGGAGCUACUGUGAAUAUAUAUAUAUAUGUCUAUGGCACAAUAAAGUCACUUGCUUUAUGGGGAAA